ACCUCGUAUGCACUCCAUGACUGCGUAGCCGGACAAUACUUUGUUGUGCUCGAGAUGUCGACCACCAGUGGCCGAAAUCGCAACGAUGUUAGUCUGGGCGAGGAAACGCGCGAAGAAUCCAACGCCUCCGCCUGGCAUCAACGCCGGACGAGCGCAAGCAAUAAUCUCAAGAACAAGACGUUAUCCAACGAUAUCGGCGAUAGCCAGUCCGAUUCGACCGGUGCUUCCUAUUUUACGAAGAGAUUUACGAAGACAUUGCCGUAUAAAUGGCGCGACAAGGGCACUCGGGAAGAAGAGACAGUAUCUACUGGGCUGAGGCUUCUACACACCUCGAAUGAUCCUCUGCUGGAUCUAAUAUUAGUCCAUUCCGUAAGAGAGCAUUCGAUAAAGACCUGGCACAAGAGUGGAGAUACGCAAACAUUUUGGCCGCAGUGCUGGCUGCCAUCUGAGCCUGGUUUUCAUCACGUCAAUAUCCAUACUUUUAGCUAUGAGGCCGACGUCGCAGAUGCUAAGCUGGCGAAUAUGUUGACUGUUCACGAUAUUGGUCGAUCAUUAUUUGAACAGAUGCGGAAUUGCCCGGAUUUGAGAAAUAAUGAGAGAGGCCCGAUCAUUAUGCUUGGACACUCCCUAGGCGGGCUAGUCAUUAAGAAGGUAUGGUGUCCUUGGGACGUUCUUCCUGCCUCCUCCCACCUCGAUGUAGCAAGGCUUGAACGUCUAAGGUCAUUAUUAAUUAAGGAGUCCCCCGACUUUCAGAGCCGGAUGCAAACCAUCUUCUUUCUUGGCACACCUCACAGAGGAUCUGAGUACGCCAAAAUUUUGAACAAGAUUCUCAGCAUUUCUGGCUCGUCAUCUCCAAAUUAUGUCAAAGACCUAAAGCUUGACUCGGUAGCCACACAGGUGCUUAAUGAUGACUUUGGCAGGCAGGCUCACAAUAUUCCCAUCUACUCCUUUUAUGAAACAAAGGACACGAAGCUUGGUGUAAAGUCUGACAUAGUUGUACCCAAAAAUUCCGCUAUUCUGGGCCCGGGUUUUCAGAAUGAACGCAUCCAAUAUCUCAUUGCAGACCACAAAGAAAUGUGUAAAUUCAAUAGCCCUAAGGAUGCUAAUUUUAGAAGGCUUGCAAAUGCGUUGUCUGGGGCUAUUGAAGACUUAUUGACGAAUGGGCGCCGUGGGAAGAAAGAGGAGAGUAAAGAGCAACUCAAUUCCCUCAUGAUGUUUUUAUCGCUCUCAGAGCGUCUCGAAGAACACUACCAUGCGGUCGAAGGAUCAUGCCAAUGGAUCGACGACUUCAAGGAAUUCCAAGAAUGGAAAAAUGUCGAUGCAAAAACAUUGGUCACCCAUACAGAAUCCCCCAGGUACCCUCCAGCAUUCUUAUGGGUGCAAGCAAAUCCAGGGACAGGAAAGACUGUUCUGGCUGCCCAUGUCGUAAAGCAGCUUCAGGACCUUAACUUCAAUUGUGCUUAUCACUAUUUCCACAUUGGCGACCAAGCGUCACAGUCCUUGGCGUACUUCUUGCGGUCCCUCGCUUUCCAAAUGGCCGCUCAGAAUACACUUAUUCGCGAUAAUAUUUUCAAGCUUUGCAAUAAAACCACUCUUCCUGAUUUGAACGAUGGUCCUUCCAUUUGGGCGAAGCUUUUUAGUAAAGGAAUCUUUCAGAUUCAUGGACUUACUCCGCAGUACUGGGUCAUUGAUGCGAUGGAUGAGUGCACCAAAUACCAGGAGUUCUUCACCAUAUUGAAAGGUCAACAGCCUAGCUUCCCAUUGCGCAUAUUUGUCACGAGCCGAAAAGUUCCAGAUAUGGCACGUCUGCGUCAGUCUCUGGAAGCAUCUUUGACAUUGAGCAGCCUUGAGAUUCCGGAGCGCUCCAGCAUGUACGAUAUAAGCUGUUAUAUCGAGGCUCGGAGAGAUAGCCUCCCUACUUCUAGUACCGAAGAACAGUCCGAACUAGCAGCAGAAAUUCUAAGACGAUCAAACGCCUGUUUCCUAUGGGUAAAACUAGUGUUAGACGAACUUGAACAAGUUUACUCCAGUGAAAGCAUCUUUCAAGUGCUGCAUGCCAUUCCAGAAAGCAUGAUUCCAUAUUAUGAACGGACAAUUGCGACAAUGGCAGGUAGCAAGCACGAGAAACAUAUCGCAAAGGCUGUACUACUUUGGACUGCGGGAAGUGCCAGGCGACUGAGAACAACAGAACUCUCCCAUGCUUUAAAGAUCGACAUAGAAAUCAACCUACCAAACCCGGAGAACGCCAUCGAAGGCCUUUGCGGUCAACUAAUCUCGGUUGACAAGCAUUCGGGCAUCGUUGAUUUUGUUCAUCCCACCGUCCGAGAGUUUCUUCUGGCGGAUGCCGCAGGGGAGUUCAAAAUACGACGCUCUGCAGCUCACGAAAGAAUUGCUCUUGUUUGCCUCAAAGCCUUAAUGAGUCAUGAUCUACAACCCAGCCGUGGCCGCCCAGCGCAGCGACGAGUGUCACAGUCUCCGUUCUUAGACUAUGCCAUGACACAGUUUUCAGAGCAUGUCCAGGGCGCAUCCUCAGAAACUGACGAUCUUUUGAUUGAAAUUGAUCGAUUCUUUCGCACCAAUUCUCUGACUUGGAUUGAGCAUAUCGCUCAUAAAGGCGAACUUGAGAUCGAAGAGCCAAGUCCAGAUCACCACUCAACCGCCAGGUGA